GGCCAUCACUCUCGGCAUCUUGCGAGCUAACACUUUGUUUGCUAAACCUUCCAAGUGUUCCUUUGGGCAAACACAUGUGGACUAUCUAGGCCAUAUAAUCAAUCAAGAAGGAGUAUCUACAGAUCCCAGCAAGAUUGAGGCCAUGAUUUCUUGGCCUGUUCCAUAGAAUAUCAAGGAGCUACGAGGGUUCUUGGGGUUAACAGGGUACUAUAGAAAGUUUGUGAGAAAUUAUAGUGUGCUGGCCAAGCCUUUGACUGAUUUAUUGAGGAAAGAUUGUUUUCAAUGGUCCGCUGCAGCUGAAAGGGCUUUUCACAUAUUAAAGAAGGCUAUGGUACAGACCCUAGUGUUGGCCUUACCUGAUUUUACUCAACAUUUUGUUCUGGAAACAGAUGUCAGUGAUAUUGGCAUAGGUGCAGUCCUGUCUCAAGCUAGUAAACCCUUAGCCUAUCAUAGUCAGGCAUUGGGGCCUAGGAAGCAGGGUCUUUCCACUUAUGAGAAAGAGUAUUUGGCAGUCAUUCUUGUUGUCACCAAGUGGAGACAUUAUUUGGAAGGGCGACAGUUUGUUAUUUUUACUGAUCAUGAAAGCUUAAAGCACUUGCUGGGGCUGAAAAUUCAUACGAAGAAAAUGUUGGUUAAAUUGUUGGGGUUAGAUUUUGAGAUUCAGUACAGGCAAGGCAAGUUUAAUAAAGUUGCAGAUGCCUUAUCUAGACACCCUCAGUUUAGCAAUCACAGCAAAUGCCAAGCCAUUACAGUUGUUCUGUCUUCCUGGUUAGCUGAGAUUGAAGCCACUUAUGAAGGGGAUCAAGUGGUUCAAGACUUGCUUAUGGAGGCUGCAGUACCAAUGGUGGGCCCUACAAUAUUUUCAAUACACAUGGGGCUGUUGUAUCAUAAGGCAUCCUUGUUUGUAGGGUCUACUGGGGUCAUGAGGCAGCAGUUAAUGCAAUUAUUCCAUGAAUCUCCAAUUGGGGGUCAUUCAAGUCUUCAAGCCAAUUAUCAAAGACUUAAACGGCAUUUCUGGUGGCCUGGGAUUAAGAGUGACUUAAAGAAGUUUGUGCAUGAGUGUGAUAUAUGUCAGAGAUGCAAGGUGGAGAAUGUGUCAUAUCCAGGUUAGUUGCAGCAUCUACGAGUUCCUGACCAGGCCUGGAGACAUAUUUCCAUAGAUUUCAUAGAAGCUCUCCUAAGUCUCAAGGGAAGGAGGUGGUGUUUGUUGUAGUUUACAGAUUCUCCAAGUACAGUCACUUCUUUUGUCUGCCUAAACCUUAUACAGAGUUUCAAACUUGAGGUCAAGUUGUUUCUGAAGCGGGAAGGAGUUGUAACAAAUGGUCUUAAUUGUAGAUAGUAGAAAUAUAGUGACUGAUUUGGAUAUUUGGCUAACGGGUAUAUAAUACCAUCUGUAACGACCUGAACGACUAUCUCGGUUAAUACAACAAACUUUCCCUCUCUCACUUCCUUCUCUCUCUCUUCCUUCUUCUACUUUCCUCUUCUCUUACACCAGUCAAGACCAGGGCCGUCCCAUAAUAUUCGGAGGCCCUGUUCCAAAAUUAAAAAUGUGGCCCUAAA